CAAUACACUUUCGGCCAACGCGUCAAAAUUAGUAAACAAAUGUAAAUUUUAGUGGUACUCGUCGAAAUUAACAAGGUUACAUCAAAAUUCGCAGUCGAUAGGUUUAUAAACAAUCCAUAAAAGUUUUGAAUUAUUCUCGCUAAAUGGAAAGCUUCUGGUCACGUCGUCCACAUCAGAUGCGUUACUUCGAAGAGGGAGAGCUUGCGCUCUACCUCAAGACAGCCGGCACAGUUCUUCUGGGAUGGAUCAUCGUCUCAUCGAUAUGGCAUAUCGUACUGGUUCUCUUUGCGCCGGCGGCGGUUAGCGCUCUGGCGGUAUUUCUGAUAUGCCCGACAACUCUGCAGUGGUUUUUCAGCCAAUUGGGACCAACUUUCGAGAGCACCACUUCGGCUCUCAUGGAGAAAUUCGACCUGGCGGCAAUCCACAUGAUGGACUUGCCCUUCAAAUGAAAAGCUCGCUUGACCGAAGUCACGCCAUUGGCUGCGUUACGCUGUCAAAAACACACGGCCGGCGCGACCUCACUUCCGGAUUGUUGCUCAUGCACGCACACGCUUGCAACGACGGGACCAGAGCAGCUUCUGUCUCAGCGCGUCCACCGAGCGUGAUGAAACGGUCGUCAAACCACGUGUAGCAUAACGAUCCAGUCAUUAGCUCUUGAAGCAUCAACGCCGUAGCUGUAGCUUUAUUCGCAAAUAUCAAACUGCUUGUUAAAUAAACGAGCAAAAACAAUGUCUGAGGAGAUCAAGAACGACGCCGCGGCGCAACAGGAGGAGACUCCCGCCAAGGAAAACAAUGGAGUCGCCGAAGAGGUUAAGUCCGAGGAAAACACUGAAACCGCCGGAGAGGUUAAGUCCGAGGAGAAGCCGGUAGAGAAGAACGGCACCGAGGAAACCUCCGCCGAGGCUAAAACCGAGGUCACCCCCGAGCUCCUGACGAAAAUCAAGAAACAAGUCGAGUUCUAUUUCGGCGAUGUAAACAUGCAGAAGGACAAGUUCCUCAUCGAGCAGACAAGACUGGACGAAGGCUGGGUCCCGAUGACCGUAAUGCUGAACUUCAAAAUUUUGGCGUCGCUCAGCAAGGACAUCGAGGUAAUUCUCAAUGCAUUGGAGGACAGCGAUCUCAUCGAGAUAUCCGAGGACAGAAAGAAAAUUCGUCGCUCGCUGGAUAAACCCCUGCCUGUGUAUAACGACGAGUACAGAAAGGCACAAGAGGCCAGGACUAUUUACCUCAAGGGGUUCCCCAUGGACUCGACAAUCGAGAUUCUGAAGAGCCACUUCGAGACCACGGACGACGUUGAGACUAUUAUCAUGAGAAGGUACAAAGUAGACAAACAAUCUUUUUUCAAGGGAUCGAUAUUUUUGCAAUUCAAAACCCUGGAGGCUGCCAAAGCUUUUAUGGAGCAAGAAUCUGUCAAGUACAAAGACACAGAACUUAUCAAAAUGUGGUCCGCUGACUAUUCGGCUUCGAAAGAAAAGGAAAGGGAAGAGAGGCGCCAAAAGAAGGCUAAGAAUCAACUGGAUAAAAUGGAAAAUGCAAAGGGAAAUAAAAAUAAAGAGCAACACCAGAAAUUCAAGGUUCCAAAAGGUUGCGUAUUACAUAUUUCAAAUCUGGAAAAAUCAAUUACCAGGGAAAAAAUCAAGAAAGCACUGGCUGAAUUGGAUAGCGAGGUAGCUUACGUUGAUUACAAUAUCGGAGAUAUCGAAGGAUACAUCCGCUUACAAGGCGAGAAUUCCGCCGUUGAACUGUUGAAAAAAUUGGAAAACAAUGUGCUGAAAGUCGAAGAGCGCGAAUUUCCUUGCAAGCUGCUGGAAGGUGAAGAGGAAGAGACUUACUUGGCUAAGAUCCAAGAAAACAUGGCUAGUCACAGAGAAAAGCGAUCUGAUAAAGGACGUCAUCAUGGAAGGAAAGGAUUCAAGCGACGUCACAGCCCUCACAGAGAUGGAAAUGCGAAAAGAGCAAACAAAGAUAAUUAACAUUAUUUGUUAUUACUAAAUAUUAUUUUCCUUGUUAACUGACAUUGUAAAAAAAUGUUUAACCAUACUAAAAUUUAGUAUUACUAAAAAAUACGGAAAACGCAAAAUUGAAAACGAUCAGUUUUUUUACUGUAUUGCGUCAAAAUUUUCAAUUAGAAGAUUGCUUUUUUACUUCUACACUUGUGUUAUAACAGACGUUUUAUAUGAUAUAAAUUUUUUAUUUUAGAUUGAAUACCGCUAUUUAAUUUGAAGAUUAAUUAUAAAAGUAUAAUGUAAAAACAACUUGUCGAUAUCAUUUAAAUAAAUCAGAAUAUUUUUUAUUUA